AUGAGCAAUAGAAUACACCCGUCGUAUGCUAGCCGCGGCGGCCGAGCUCAUCGGGCGGCGGCGGCAUCAUCGGAUCGCCGCCCGGCGGUGGCGGUGUACACGGUAUGGAAGAGGUCCAGCGUGGGGUUCCAGGGCACCGACGGCUUCUGCGUCUACGACGACGCGGGCAGGCUGGCGUUCCGCGUCGACAACUACUCCCGGCGGCGGAAGCUCUUCGCCGGCGAGCUGCUGCUCAUGGAUCGACAGGGCACGCCGCUCCUCUCCCUCAGGCCACAGCUUCUCAGCCUGCACGAUCGCUGGAACUGCUACACAGCAACGGAAGGAGGCGUCGACAAGAAGCCGUCUGCCUCGUCACAGCAGCAAGUGUUCACGAUGAGCAGGUGUUCAGCUCUGAAGAUCAGCGACGAAGCAGAGGUCCACAUGUCAGCAGCAGGCACUGCUGCGUCGUCAUCGUUAUCUGGCCUUGGCUGCAACAAGCACCCGCAGGCCGCCGCCGCUUCGGGCUACCGGAUCGAGGGCUCCUUCUCCAGGAGGAGCUGCAAGAUCCGUCGUGGCAGCGACGGCAAGGAGGUGGCACGGAUAACGAGGAAGAACGCCGGCGUGGCGUCCAGGCCGGCGGCGACGCUCGGUGACGACGUGUUCAGCCUCGCCGUCCUGCCGGGUGUCGACGCGGCGACGAUCACGGCUAUCGUUGUUGUCAUGGAUAGGAUCUGUCACAAACCGUACACGCCCAUGGUGUGUUCUUCACAGUAG